CGAGGGUGACAUAGAUCUAUUGUGUCUCCGGAGAUACUCAUUCACGGAAUCCUAGUUUUCGAAACCCUCUUGACAAUCUUAUGCCGGGACAUUCAAGGAACUUAGCGCAUUUCACCUUUUGGUCACUUGAGGUCUCGAUAUUCUAGCGAGAGCAACGAGAUUCCUUUCAAAUCACCACAAUGAUUUCGCCGCUACGAAAGAUAUGACUUGAAACUCAUAGAUCUGGCGGAUGAAGACCCAUGAGAUGAUUCAUGCUCUUGAAUAUUACAGGUGACGAUGACUUCCCACGUGGAUAGUGACCCGGGCGUCGUCGAAGGUUCAGAUGAUCGCGACAAGAGACCCCAUCAAGACGAAUAUGAGGCGACACAGAGCUCGAAGUUCCGGUUCAAGUCGAAGAGGAAAUCCGACCGCGACGAGCGAUCCCGAAGCCCUCGGUCUCAUCGCGACGGACACAGACAUCAUCGCCAUCAUCAUCGAACCAAGAGGCGCAGAGGGUCGCCGUCAACGACCAAGGAACGCGAUGACCCGUCUCUAUACGAUGAUACCCACCUUCCGAAUACAUCUUCUGGUCAAUUUAUGGAUCCCGAAGUUGCUUUUCGAGAGAGUUUGUUCGAUGCUAUGGCAGACGAUGAAGGAGCACAAUUCUGGGAGGGGGUUUAUGGCCAACCAAUUCAUACAUAUCCGAAUGUCAAAGAGGGUCCUGAAGGAGAACUAGAGCGCAUGACGGACGAGGAAUACACGGCAUAUGUGAGGGCAAAGAUGUAUGAGAAGACACAUCAGCAUCUUAUGGAGGAGAAAGCUAGGAGGGAUGCUGCUAAGAAGGAGAGGGAAAGGCUUGCCAGCGAGGGCAGGAAAGCGGAAAGAGAGGCGGAGAGGUUCAGAAGGAAGGUCGAGGAAAGCCUGAAGAGGGGCGAGGAGAGAAGAUCUCGAAAGGCGUGGUCCGAGAAGUGGGAGGCUUAUUUGCGAAAAUGGGAGGAGCUUGCCAAAGGCGGUUCAACAAGAGUCACCAUUGCAGCCAUGCCCUGGCCUGUUGAGAGUGGAAGGCGGAAAGAUGUCUCAUCGAAGGAAGUAGAGAGAUUCUUUUUACAUGCCCCGACUUCCGGACAACCUACGGAGGCACAGCUCGGAAAGGUCCUGAAGCUGGAACGAGUUCGGUGGCACCCUGAUAAGAUUCAGCAGAAGCUUGGAGGUCAAGAUAUUGAAGAGGCUGUGAUCCAAGCCGUUACAGAAGUCUUCCAGAUCAUUGACCAGAUGUGGUCAGACGUGCGGGAUAAUAAAAGGUCAUAAACAGAUAUGGAGUUAAGAGGGCUUGGGAAUCAGCAUAGCGACGGCGUUGAUGAAGGUUGUUUCCUGCUAUGAUCUACAAUAUAGGGUUUGGGGCGUGCAUUGAGUGGGAGUCGAUCCAGAUCAGGCCAGAGUCUUUGGUGGGGCAUUUGUAUGGUCAAUGUUAGAGCUUCAAAACCCCACUUCUAUGGGGUAGAUAGGUGGUAUAGGUACAUCACGAGUGGAUUUGGAAUAGAGUUAAGGUAUUUACCUAUUAGAUACUUACAUCAUGAAUUCGCGGUAAUAAUGUAGC